AUGACAAAUGAGCCCCUGCUGCUAGCGGCUCGCGAGUUUGCGCGGGGCUCUCUGGCAUCGCUUCCUCUCGACUUUGAGAUUGUGGCAUCCGUUACUUCUUCAACACAUUUUGCAAUCCUCUUUCGAUCGCAAACAGAGCGAGAUUGCGUACGUUUGGGCGUAUUUGAGAUAGAUGAAGAUAACGAUGUAGAAAACUGCGAAUUGGUCGAUAUUAGGGCUGCUACUGACGAUUUUGAGGUCUCACAGAGUGAAAAUGAUAACUGGACGCUUGUUUGGAGUCCAGACCUUAGGUUUCUCGUCAUCAGCGGUCGAAUUUCGCACACACAAGGUGCAUCUGAAGGCGUCAUGUGGAUAUUUGCUCGCUCUAAGUGGCUUGUUCCUGAGGAAGCAGCUGAUCAUUCAACAGCUAAUCCACUUCUUUUGUGUAUCAAACCAUCGAUGUACCUUGCUGCAAAGCAUUGGAAUCCAGCCACCAAUAUUGUGAAUGUGUUUUUUCCAACACAUAAUGGAAGUAAAGCGUUUGUUCUGUCUGAGGAUGGUGUUUGGCUUGCUGUGAACAUUCAAUUGGCCAAAUUGUCAUUAGAUGCAAUGAACUCGAAGCUGGUUGCGAAUAAAGUGAAGUUUAUUACGAUGAAAAUGGUGAAAAAGCUGACAGAGUGGCAUGCAGACAUCUCGGCGGCGUGUUACGACCCUACGAACUCGACACUUGUAAUAAGUGGAGGAGUAAUAAAUCCGAGCACAGAUCUUAUCGAGAAGCAAGCUGCGUCUUUGAGUGUCUGGAAAGUUUUGGUCGACAAAGACAACAAGGAAGUUUGUGAGUUGCUGGAUUUUACAAUGCUAUUGAAAGGAAAGAUGCAGCACAAAGAUGUGAAUGUGAACAACAAGAGUGACACUGACAUGAUGUCGUCUAUAUCCGAGGAGCGUAACGGUCUAUUGUCGAGUAUCAAGAACUCAUUAUAUGCCCCGUUAAUAAUGAUGAUUGGAGGUGAAACAAGAGAGACCCGGAUACUUCGUGGCUGGAUCCACCAACUCGCACUAGCGCCUAACGGCAACUUUGUGAGCAUGGUGGACGACCUUGGGCGCAUAGCGAUUCGGCAAAUUGACGUUUGCACAGAUGUGCUAAUGUGGCAAAGUAUUGAGAAUCUCUGUGUGAAUAACAUGGAGGAUCCCAAAAUUAAGAUUGUCGUUUGGCUUACGUCUGACUUGUUGGCCCUAGUGCUCACUAACAACACUAUUGUCUAUUCAUGUUUCGUCGUUCAUCCUGAUGAGGAGGCUGAACUUACUAGCAAUGUUAUUGAAGAUGAGAGUUUGAAGCCUUCUGGACGCCUUUUGCCUGUCCGUGUAAAACACUACAGACCUGGAAUGAGCGAAGAUCAUAUCGAAACUCAAACGCUUGCUGUUGACGUAUACGCAAAUUUAAUGAGCUCUCAGCGUAGCGUCGCUAAUAAUGCAUGUGAGUUUGUAAGUAAUGGUCAUCUUUGGGCGGCAAAUCAAAUCGAUACUAUGGAAGCUGAGUCUUUUAUCGAGAUGCUCAUGAAUGCACGUAAGUUUGAAGAUGCCCUUGCGACAGUGGAGUUUUACAAUUUAAGUGAAAUUUCGAUAAAUCCUGACAAAAUUCAUCGCCGUUUAUGGACAAACUUUCGAGAGCAGGCUGGUAGAUUGUAUGAGGAGAACAAGAACGUGACUACACAUUCGCAAAGGUCGAAUUUGGUGUUUCUCUCGACACGGCCGCGCGGAUCGCUCCAACGAGGACAUCGUAGCGAAUUUUUAAAGGCAUUAGAUCAUUUACGCGCAAUUUCGGACAAACGCUGGGUGCUUCGUGAAUGUAUGACACUGAUCGCAGACGAUUCGUGUGCGAGCAUGAAAAAGAUUCUUGAUGUUGCGUGGGAUGCGUGGUUUAGUUUAAAUGUCGACGCUGGAGAUAAUUCGGAACUAUCACAGGAACAAAAAAAACUUCAGCGCGAUUCGUACCGCCUUGAAACACUCCGGCUGCUUUUGUGCGAAGAAGAGGGUGUACCCUCUACGUCUGUAACAGGUGAUCUACUCUUUGAUGGAAUGACUUAUGUGCGCUUCAAAGUCUCGUCUAUCUUGUCAACAGCACAGCAGUUUGCGUCAGAAGGCCGUGUAUGUGCUCUCACGAUAUUAUUUCAAAGACAUGGAGAAAAUUUGCUUCCUCACUGGCUCAAAAUACUCAGAUUGAUCCCUCCUUCAGUGUCUCCAUCGACGUACUCGCUGCUACUUCCAGCAAUUACAGAUAAGAUGGAAGAUGACGUAGAGUUUUGCACUCUGAGCAGAAUAGACGAGCUCAUUGUAAUAAAUAGCGAUGAGGAUUACGAUUUGAUCACUCCAUUUCCUUUCAGCUCGGAAAAUCGACUACAGGAUCUUUCAAGUGAAGAGUUGUCGGCAUAUUCAGAGUUUAUAGAAAUACCACGUGAAGAGCGUAAUGCUGGAUGUGGUCAAUGGUUUAUUGAUAGAAUCAAAGAACUGGACGAACGUUUCGGCCAACUUGCGUUUGCAUUUGAGCUGGGCGAUUUAGCACUUCAGUGUCUACGUGGAUGGUCUGCGCUGAAAACUAAAAAAGUACUCGAGGAGCUCGUUUUUCAAACCGAGCGCUUGUAUAAGUGCGUGUAUAGGCUGCAUCUAUCGGCAUGCUGCUUACUCCCACUGAGUGAUUGGUCUGCCUUGUCCCUACAAGAUCAAGCCAUGAUUGUGGUGGGUAUUGAUGAUAUCAAAAAGAUUGAUGACAUUGGUCCUCUUAUCGAUCGUUUGGAUGUUGUGUUUAAAUCCCAACGCGGCUCUCAAAUCUUUUCUCUAGAUGAUCUGUUCGUUUCGAUUGCAAUAACUUUGGCAUCGAAAGCUUCUCUGAUAGGUCUGACGAUCGCAGCUCAAUUGAUCCAACAAAGUAAUCCAUCUGUCGGCUUAGCAAAUCGGUGGAUUCAAAGCGAAGCAAGACUCAUCGAAACUGCGCUAGGUGUCAUCAAUGCUGUUACGGUAUCUGAUCUCAUCAGUAGUGAAGCCUUAAGUGCAGAUACGAACGCCUACAUGCGAUAUCACCAGGCGUUCGCGAAACAGUUAUGGAUAAUCUUUCAGUCCCUACCGUCUCGAAGCGAACACGAUCCCCCAGAGAUUGCCCAAUUGCAAGUGGUAGUUGAUGAGACGGAAGAUCUGAUGGUGACAAUGGAUGUAUUAUCCAAAUACGAUGUGGUUGCAUUUCCUAGCACAAUCAAAUCUCAAAUAUUGGUUGCCAGCAAUGACAGUGGCGGCAUUGACAAGGAUGGUGAACCACUUGCCUUGCUUAAGCAGAUGUGUAAAUUCGCGUUACCCGGCACGACUGGUCAGUGGCUUGAGGUGCUGCAAGAUGCAAUUCAAUUGAAGGAGCACGUUUUUGGCGAGCGAUUAAGCCAAAAUAAAAUCAUGGAAGCGAUUCUAAAGCAUCUCCUUGCGCCCGGUCAUGUCGACGUUGAUGCUGCUCAAAAUUUGGUGAAUUAUUGGAUUGCAUCAGACGUAAAGGCUAUUGACUAUAUCUUAGAGCAAUUAUUGGUAACUCUUCGAGUUGCGCUGGACUCAGUUGUUGGGUAUUCGGAGGAUUCUGAUGCCAAUGCAGCUCACAAAGCAGCUUUGUGUAUCAUAACCAUUACUAAACAACUUUUAGCGCUUUCGUUGUGGGAUGACGGAGACAAAGCCGCGAUUGGCACGAAACAGCACUACGAGAAUAUGCUACGUCAAGAAACGGAUGUAGCUUGCGCUUGCGAGCUGCUCGACUUACUUACGUAUGGUGCAGUCAAGUUAUCUCCAUCGAAACUCCGUGCGGUCGAUACAGAAGAGCAAAAGAAAAUUCGACUUGAUGCUGUGUGCCAAGUUUUUGUGAGUAAUCCUAGCAAUUACAAGCCAUCCAAGCGAGCGAAGGAAUGGCUAGCUCAGCAUCAAAUUGGCAAUUCUAUAAUCGCCGAGACUGAUUACCUAAAGGAUGAACCUCUGGCUGCUGUUAUGCAUUUGGCACAGCUCUUGCGAGUUGAAACACAGAAGCUGGAAAUUUGGUUGAAAGGAGCGUAUGCCUCUCUCUAUUGCAUGGACUACGACGUUGCGUGUAAUCUAACAUUGCAAGUGAUCAACGAGAUGGCUGUCGAAGUGGGCGUCGUCGUAGCUAGCAACAAUAGCAAAGACAGCCAGCUCACGCAUUUGCAGUUGAUUUCACUUGUAUUAGAUCUUGUGUCCGCAGCUUCCUUUGGAUCAUGGAGUAAAAAGCGCCAGUUGUGUUUAGCACUACUUAGUGCAACCACAGUAUCAUCAUUGCACCUCUUUGCACAUCAAGCUACAGAUUUGGUGCUACAUUGGCUCGAAAAGAUUGAAGCUAUCCAGGCAUUGAUGAUUGAGCUUGGAUUGUCAGAGAGAGAUUUAGAGCAAAGGCGACUUGAUGUGGGGAAAGGUACAAUCAGUGUCGCAGUCGUACUGCUUAAUGAGCUCAAGGUGGUCGUUGACUUGCUGCACGAAGAAAACAAUGAUCGCCAGUUUUUGUUAGGUUUGGUGCAGCGCGGGUUUCAGCUCACUCAAGUGAUACUGAAGGACGCUGGUAAUGCUGAACAAGAAGCCUACAGCACGUCUGUAUCAUCCUUUCUUCAGCAAAUAAUUCAAUUGUCCGUUGAAGAGACUGUAGAGUUGACCACUUCUGCUUCAAACAGUAAGACCGGAGAUUGGCAACUAUAUAUUGAUCUAGCCUUUAACCAUUUAAUGCUUUGGAGCGAUUUAUGCACUGACGAUGCAACCUUCGAAGCAUUUUGCGCAAACAUCCUCCUCUCGUUGACUCCCACACAAGACACGACAUUGGACUCGAGUGAAACAAAUGAGGUGGUGGUCCGACGCUUCUGUCACUUCUUUCUGCUUCAAGCUGCUCGAGAGAAGGCAUUUACGCUUGAAACCGAUGAUGAGGUUACUGAGAUAUCUCGAAGGUUGCGUCUGCAAACAUUGAUUUCGUCUUACGAUGCUGCACACAAGGCCGUGAGAUUUACAGGCGAGCCAUCAAGUGGAGUAAGUGAAUCGAUUAAUGUGGCACAGCAAUCAACGAACUCCGAGCUCUUGUUAUCAGACCGACGAUACCAUAUUUACCUUAAGUUAGCCCAAAAAUGCUAUGAGCUGUCCGUGUCGCAGAAAAGUACGCAAGAAAUGGAUCGACUGAGAACAAUUUUAAACUCUGAUUUUGAUUCAGUUCGUUUUUUACAAGACAAACGCUACCGCAACGAAAGAAUUCUGUCCUUGGCCACAAAAAAAGAGCAUUAUCACCUUUCACGACAGCUCGCAAACAAGUAUGGCCUGGAUGAAUUCGAAUGUGUGCUGACAUACAUCAAACAUGCGCUUUUGUCUCCUUCAGACGACAGACGCAAGAGCCGUCGUAAACAGCUGGAUGAGGCAUUUGCAAUUGAUCAAGUUGAUAUUUUGGAAGAAGCUUUAAAAAGGCCGAGAUUGUUUGGAGAUUUCUUGUUGAAAAAGGAGACAAUUGACGAACCGAGCUUAUACGAGGCCCUUGACGGAACGGAUCACGUCGGUGUUCUGCUUGUCUUACGCAUGAUUCUGGAGUGCUCGAAGCGACUUGAUCAAGAGACCACAGAAUUCGUGAGAACUCAAGAGCACUCUCUUUUUCCGCUCCCUAAGUCUUCGAUCGAUCGCAUCACGUUAUUAGUUCUGUGUUUGAAAAAAUUGAAAGAUAUUAGUGACUCCGUUAAGAAUGUAGAUGCUGUGGAUCUUAAGCUUAUCGGAGCAGCAUCCACAUCUACUGAAUUAUUGACCCCUCCAACAUCUUCACAAGGGAUUGCAAUUGCGAAUCGAAAGGUGGCAAUUAAGGCAGUGCAACCGCUUUUGACGAACAAGUCUAUUAAAUUGGUGACUAAAGUCUUACGCAAAUUACACUAUGUCACACCCAGCGCCAUGGUCAUGAUCUACAUCAAUAAUCUACUAACCAACAUUUGGAAAGAGCACGGAAAUACUGGCAACAGCUUAGGGGCUCUCUCUGCAGAUCUCGCUGUCUACGCGUAUGAGUCGUGCGUCCCGUGUCUAUCGGUGCUAUCGGGUGAACACUUGACGCUAUUUCAUCACUUGUAUCUCAAUAGGUCCAGUGACAAAUCAUUACCAAAGUUCUUGACACAUUUGGACAUUGACGAGGAGUUCUACGGACAACGUCUAGAUAGUGUAUCGCUUUUUGGCUCGCUUUUGACUCCUCAGAAGCGCGUGGAGCUUGAGGUUGAUAUGCUAACAAUUUUGCAAACCAAGUACAACUCGUGGCAAAAUUCUGGUUUACAUUCAAACGUGUCAUCAGCGUCGUCUACUUCGUCGACUUCUUCUGUGUCAUGGGAUCCUGCACAGUUCAAGCGGUUAGAAAGCAGUGUUCACUAUAUGGAGCGUGAGUUGGCAGAAAACGUUUGCUACUGGGUGCUGAGUGAAAUCGAGAAGAGCGGCAUGACAUCGGAGGCAGAUGAAUUCACGGCGGAAACAUCAUUGAUGCAGCCGAUGGUACAAAUUACGAAGGAGUGGUUUGCAAUGGACCAUGAACAACUGAGAGAAGACAACGAUGAAGACUUUUAUAUACCUUUUUUACUGAAGCUUUGUCAGCAUAUUGCUUGUGUGGAACUUGCUAGUCUGAUCAUGGAGCUGAUGCUGCGCUUUGGGAUACAGAAGACCAGUAGCGAGGAAUCGACAAAAAUCAUUUCGCAAAUGUAUCAACGAGUCGUGGUCAGUCUCAUCCAGCGAUGCGUGGGUCUAAAUGAUGAUAAAGCGCAUGAGUCUGCUGAUUGGGUGGAAAAGCUGAUGUGGACAUGGGUAGUGGGAUCAUGCUCUCCUAUAAGUAGUCAAAAGGCUGAGCUUGAGAGCUUUCUUGAAAAAAUAUUUUGCCUUCAGGCUAGUGCACGCGUUAUAUAUGAGCGUGUCUUGAAGAUUUUAUCUCAGUCAACCUCAAAUUUACUGAAAGAUAUUGGAAUGCGUCGACUUCAAGAGCUGCAUAUUGCAAGCGAUGAGAAUGCCAAUCAGUUAAACGCGGCAAGACAAGCAAUAAAAUUUCAGUGGGAAGAAUCAAUUGUGCAAUAUCAAGAGAAGCGUAAAUGGGCAGAGGCUGCAGUUUUGAGUCACGUGUAUGCAAAUUCUGUCAACAUGGAUGCUGCUAAAUUUUACUUUGGCCUUCGCGUAAAGGCAGUUUGGGCUGCGCUUCUGAAUAAAUACAAUGCAGAUGUAAAUCAAACUGGGCAAUUUGUCUUCAGGACCCCCAGCGGUGAGAUUUUUGAUAGAUUCGCUGACAUGUUUAAUGAGUUGUUAACCAUCAUUGAAGCGUGGUCGGGUGAUGUGCGACCUGCGAACAUGGCAACAGUGGCAUUAAGUCAUUUGUUGGUCAUCCACGACGAUUUAAAGGUAUGCAACAGCUCGGAAAGUACAACGCAGCGCAGUGUGUUGAUGUGGCAGCGCGAGCAAGAGAUUGGGGUUCGUACGCGCAUCCAGAUGCAGUUUCGAUCAGGUUAUGUGAUUGAAAAAGAGGCGUCGAAAAGUCUUGUUGCAACAUGCUGGUCUGCUCUCGUUGCACGAGGCAAGUGGGGGGACAAUUUAUUGGAUUGGUACACAACGCAUGCGUACGCAGAGCUUGUUGGUCACGAAGAGAUCAUGGAUUUCGUGAUUUCGAAGCAUUUGGAAUCCAACAACCUCACUUUGGCAAUUCAAUUGCUUAUGAUGUGUCCAUUUGAUGAACUUAGAAAAAAGUAUAUGGAUCGCGCUUUAGCCUACGUCCGACAAUUAUCGCAAAAAUCUCACAGUUGGCCUAAGCUCAUGGAGCUAGUGCUGUUGCGUUUUGAUAUCGCUGUGCUGUUGCAGCAUGACCUGUACACGUCGAUUGUUGCCUUUGUUCUGCAAGAUGCUUGUACGCGUCCAACACUCUGGACGUCCAGUGGUAAUUACAUUGUGUGCGCCUUAGUGACGCUAGGUGAAGUAGCAGCUGCUGGCCGUCUAACCUGCGCUUUACGUCACGCUCACCCCAUGCUUUGGGAUAUGGAGAACGCUCGUCUUCUACUUACCAGCUAUCUUCGGUCACUUGCCUCGCUGUGUGAACAGUCUGAGCAUAGUCACGACGAGCUCAUUCACCUACAGCACGAGGUGUAUGUGCAGACACGAGAUCACUUUUCAAACAUGCUUCUUUAA